AUUGAUCAAAAUUGAUGUAAACUCUUUCCAAGUUGACAAUUGUAUCUGCUAUUGAAAAUGACUAUUACCAUUGAAUGGCCAGUAAAAAUGAGUUAACCACAUUUUAAUCAACCAAAAAAGUCUACAAAUGUUCAACAAUUGAUUUGCCCUUUCCUUAAGUUAUGAUCAAGUCCAGUUUUAGUGUCAACUUACAAAAAUAAUGUUAUCAGUAAUUGGUGUCUUCAUAAUUUUACAAGUGACUAUGAAGGUUCAAUCAAAUUCACCAUUUUACAGUGACCAAGCAAUAGAUGAAAAUGGAUUAUCUUUUAACGACAAACAAUGGGUCAAUCAAGGUCCACCUAGCCCACACCAUUUCAUUCACCCUUCAUCAUUACCUUCACCAAGUGAAACCCUCAACGGAUCUCCAUUUCAACCCUAUCAACCAAAUUCAGUGUUAAACUCGCCUUAUCCAAGUGAACCUUUAAUGGAUAUGAAAAGCUCAAUGUUUAAUAACCUUCCACCUUCACCUUCACCUCAUCCUGCACCACUAGAUCCACAGUUGGCGCCUCCAAUGAGAUCACCACUGACAUCAUCAUUACCUUCACCAGCAUCUUUAAUUCAAACUCCUAUUCAACGGCGACUUUUCAAUCCAAUCAAUAGAAUCAUUUUAACCUUGUUGGGACCUCGACUGAUGAGAUACCAGUUAGAUAUGGUUGUUCAAGCCGUCAUGUCUGAAGUGAUUCGUAAAAUGGUUGGACCUAUACUGACAGCGAUUGCCGGUCGUUUUGUCGACCCAAACGGUCAACACCCAAGCCCUCAGUUAAACUUUGGACUAGCAAGUGCUUUAACCGCUGCCAAUGGAGCAAACCAACAGCAGCAAGUUUCAAUUCCUCAGUUAACAUUAGUACCAAACCAAAUGCCUAACGGACAAAUACAAUUAAUUAUAAAGCCUGGCGGUGAAACUCAACACCAUCAGCAACAACAACAACAAUUAACCAAUCUACAGCAAUUAACCCAAGGUUUAAUCAUUCCAGUGACACCAGCAACAGCAACAACUCCAGCACCAACAGCUCAACUCUACUCACCGGCUCAACUUCAAGCAACACUUGAUCAACAAAUAUCUCAACAAUUAACAGGAAAACUUCCGGCUCAAUUGAUUCCUCAAGUAGCUCAACAAAUCCAAGCUCAACUUCAGGAUAAAUUACCAAAUAUACAGUUACAAGUACAACAACAAUUGGCUUCCCAACUCGCAAGUUUACAACAGCAACUCGGAAAUCAAGCAACACCAUCAACCAAUUCACAAGGAUUAACAUUACAAUCAUCAUUAUCACCGCCAGCUUCAUCAACAACCACAAAUGGCAUUCAACAACUCUUGCUUCAAUCAAUGUCUCCUGGAGUAACGGGUUCAUCAACACCUUUGAUUCAAUCACAUGGACAAAUGUAUGCAGCUCAAUCACCUAGAUCAUCUGGUUUGGACCAUUUGACGCCAACAGCCGAAUUGAAUUAUUUACAAAAUUCAUCGCCCACUAAACCAGUUGACAAUAUGGUUGGACAUUAUUUUGUUAAAUUGUCACCUCAAGGAGUAAAUUCAAAUGGCCAGAACCACCAGACAAGCCAACAAUAUUCACAACCAACUUCUCUAUCAUCUUUAUCUGCCUCUUCACCGACAAAUGGUUUUGGUACUGAAGUUGCCAGUAAUGGUCAGAUAGCGAAUCAACAAAAUCAACAAAUUAAAGUUGUUUUAAAUCCCAUUGAACUUAGUGAUUCUUUGGCUGGUCAAAAUGCUGCUUCUAUUCAUUCGGGUUUAAAUCAGCAACAAAAUUUUCAAGCAAAUUUGAAUAAAUUACAGCAACAGUCAAAUUUUUAUUCAAAUGGAAAUGGCAAUCAAGCAAUUUCGACUAAUUCAGAUGAACUCAAAUCGGGACAUUUAUUGAAUCGUCUUUACUCUGGUCAAAGCAAUUCCAUGAAUAAUGUUGAUCCUAAUCUAAUUUCAAUGCAAUCAAAUGGACUGACGAGCAACACUUCAGAUAAUUUGAAUAAUCCAGACAUGGGACAGUAUAACAAUAUACGAAAUAUUAUUGAACAAAACUCUUUACUUUCACAAGUUAAUCAACCAAAUUCAGAGCCUGUUCCCAGUUCUGAUGAGGAAAUGUCUAAUCCACCUGAACUGUCAACUUCCAAUUAUGAGCCAGUCAACAAGGAGGAAAACACUUUGACAGCUCAAACUCCACAAGCACCGACAGAAACACAGAGUAAACCUGAAUCUACACAAGAAUCUCGCAUUCCAAUUACAUCGUAUUCACAUGGAUCAGGAUAUAAAUCAUCUCAAUAUCCACCAAUUCCUGAAACAAAAUAUCAAAAUAUUGCAGUUGAUCCUGAACAAUUGAACAAUCCAAAUAACUUCCAAUACAACGACCAACCUUAUCAAAGUCGCUCUCAAUAUCAAUAUUCACAAGACUCUGAGUCAGCUGAUAAUGAGGAAAACAAUCAACCUGAAUCUAACAAUCAGUUGGAGGCAAACAACCAACCAGAUUCAAAUACAAACUCUGAACCAGAAUCCAAUGUGUCCAAUGAAUCAAACGAAAACACUGAAAACUUGAAUGACAAUGAACAUGGCAACAAUGAGGUUAACAUCAAUGAUGAUCCAAAUAAUCAAGAUUUACCUGGACAUUUGAAGCACAUGAGACAAUUAAGUCGAGAUUCAAUAAUUUCUAACUUUCAGAUGAACCAAGGAAAUCGUCAGGCCGAGUCUGGUCUAACUGAGGUUGAGGAAAAGGAAAGAGCGAUUCGCUGGAAUACUGUUCUUAAAAAUUUAGAUAGUUAUUAUGGAAACAAAUGAAUCUUUUUUUAACAUUGUAGCAUAUUUAAGCAUCUUUAACAUAAUUAUUGAUAUCCAUGAUAUUGAAAGACAUCUUUAAACAUUCAGAAUUGGCAAGAUCUAAAUUCUGGUUCAAAAUCAACCUUUUUGAUAUCUUUUGUUUCAUUUUAAAUCCAAACUUACUAAUACAAAGCUUUUGAACCAUUUGUGACUCAUGUAAACAAUUAGUGUAUUUUGAAAUAAUCAUUUUAAUCAAAAUAAUCUAUUUUAAAAUUUAGAUAAUUAGUAGUUUAUGCUUUUUUGAAUUUCGCUCACUUUCGGUAAAAUGAUGAUUGGCGGUUCAAGUAAAUUUGAAUUGAACAACCAAUGAAAUAGCAAAGCAACAGUCUGGUUACCAGGUUGUUGAAUGCAAAAUAUUAACCACAAUUUUAAUUAACUGGUAAUUUGUAUAAUUGUAUUUAAAAUUAACUGUAUAUGAUUAAAUUAUGUUGGUGAUUUGUUAUGAAGGAAAUUUACAUUCUGCUUGAUAUAUAUAAUUCAAGAAACAUUAGACAAGGAAGAUUUACUGUUUUUUCAAGAAUGGUUAAUGAAAUACUUACGUCUUCCAGGUUAAGUUGUGUCUCAAUGAUGGAGAAAAUUUGUGUAAUUUGAUUUAAUGACGGCCUUUCAGAGUCCCAAACCAAACCAACGGAAACAAUGUCUGGCUGGUUAACUAAUGUUUUCCUUAUCUGUAUUUUGGAACCACAGCCACUUGGACAGUCACGGAUAUUUCCAUAAGCUUCACCUGAUCUCAAUAAUGAUCCAAAAGUUGAGAGUCGAGGGUUGACUGGUGGACAAGUGGCCAGUUUUUUGGCUUGCACACACAAGGCAGGACUUGAAACAUAGUUGACCAACUGGGUGAAUGGAUGAGGUUCACUGGUGUAUCCACAAGAUGAACAACUCACUUGUUCAACCAGAUUCAUGGCAAACUUUUCAUGAGAUAUACAGUGAGGUGCCCGACAUCCAUCUUCUGGUUCAUCGUGAGCAAUGUGAUCAUGAAUACGAAGUAAUAUAUUUUCAAAGCAUUCAGCUGCAUCAUCCAUAAAGCCUAACUGGAAACGUCUUUGGUCAGAAAAUGUCUCAGCCAGUGCUUUACGAAGGGAAUCUGGAGGAAGAGCCGAUUCUUGACUGUAUUGAAAUUGAGUAAACAACUCUUUCAAGGCACAAAAUAUGCAAGAUUCUGAGCCCAUGCAAGCAUGUCCUGAUAAUUCUCGAAAACUACGUCGAAAUAUAUCCAAAUGCCAGAGAACCUAAGGAUAAAGAAACGGUCAAAAAAAUAAGAAAUGAGUUGGUGUUCAUUUAAAUUUGAUAAUUAGUGGAGGUCAUUGGACUUGGAUGUUGGUUGUUAAUUGUCUUUGUAAAUUAUUUUACUUUUUUCUUCUCCUAAUCUCAUAAUUAUAAAAAGACCAAGGAAAACAAUUUAACUGAUGCUAAUUUACAAGCCUUUAAACAAACGGCAGAAGUUAAUUUCAACAGUCAAAUAGAUUGUCUGUUGAAUAAAUUAUCGUCUGGAGUCAAAUCACGUGUAACUACGUGUGUGCGUGUUUAAAAGUCUCUGUUAAUUAGAAUGAGUCAUUUUUUCCAAGAUAAUAUGUUGGUGUCUUUGUGAUUUGUAACCAGAGAGGAAAGGUGAAAACAUACUGUGGAGGCUGAAGGUUAAAAUUUACAUUUGGUCCGAGAUUCAUUUGACUGAAGAUGGUUAUCAUUUGAAACUUUUAGGACUUGUUUGGAAAAAGAUGAAGAUGAGAUAAAUCUAAGAGACAGAUCAACAUGCAGAGAGACAUUGAAAGGAGAUUGGCACGAGUCUCAUGGGUCUUGAAUGAGGCCUGAGGGUUAAAGAUAUCUGGUUUGUGGCUGUUAAUAGCCAAGUUAUACCUUGAAAAACCAGACUUGUUUCUUGGUAAGCUUAGGAAACAAGAGAGCAAUGAAACGGUGAUAGCAGAAAAUUCAAUAAAUAUAAAAUGAUAAUGGUGAUCAAGUCUUUUUAUUUACUGCACCAAUCAAUAGGAAGAAACUCUUUCGAUUAAAUUGUGAUUGAAACUGGAAAAAUGAUUUAUGAUUUAUUGAAAAGAAAAGGCGAAGAGAUAAAGGUGAAGCCAAUAAUACUAAUAAGUGAUGAAGAUAAAAUUGGAAACUCGCUUCGUUAAAUCAAAUAAACGUUUACUUUAAAAGAGGUUGAAGACAUCGAGAUAACGCUGCAAAUAAUAAUGACGGAAACCUCAACUACAAUCAACAACAACAAUAAUAGUAACGACAAAAUUCAAAGAGUAAAAUGAUGCUAAUCAUCAUUAACAACAACAACAAUAAAAGCAAAUGGAAAGCAUCUUUUGACGAUCAACAAAAGACGAAGAAGAAGCAGACGAAAUCUAAGAAAACCUUCGUAAAUCAAAGGCCCAGACCUGACCUCUGACCGAUGAAAUAAGGGUAAGAGAGAGAAGAGAAAAAUGGGGCAAAAGAAGGAGACAAAAAAAGAGACUGAAAUGAGUCUUCGAUCAACAGGUAAAAGGUAAGAGAUGCUAAGUCACCCUUGGAGAAGGUGAAAGCCUUUUACAAAGGAAACCCAACGAUUUUGACCUGGACUACGGCCAUCUUUAAACCUUCAUAAAUCAAUUGGUUUCUAAAGACUCUCUUCUCUCUUCUCUCUACUUGUUCAUCUUACUCUCUUCAUCCUCCUUCUCUUCCAACCUUAGGUUUCUUCUCUUACCUUCUCUCUCUUCUUACCUGGCAACUGUAACCAACAAAAAAGUCUUUAAACCUAAGGCAACCUGAAAGCGGGCAAAUGGUCUUACAAUGCGCGCGGGAAAACAGGUUUUGUAAUGUUCAGUUUAACUUUUUGAAUUUGAUCAUUUUCCCUGCUUUUUUUCUUCUCUUUCCUUUUCUCUCUUUCACUGUUUUCUCUGUUUUUCUUCUCUAUCAUCAUCAUCCUCUUCUCUCUCUCUCUCUGCUCCACUGUUAUCUGAAGUCCAAGGUCGGGUAGGUGAAAGGUACAUAGGAGCGGAGAGCCAAGGUAAGAAGAGAAAGAAUAAGAAAUGGAAGAAUAACCUUGCUUUCUAACCAUUUUUUGCAACUUGUUUGCUGUUGAAAAAUAUCCUCUUACUUUGCACUCUUUUUACCUUCUUCAUCUUCAUCUUGAUCCCUCUUCAUCUCUUAACUUCUCUUCAUCUUUAUCUUUUCUUCUCCCCUCAAUAGUUUAAUUUUUAGUAAAAGUUGAUAUUUCGUUGACACGCCUAAAAGCAAGGUUACCUGGCAGAUAUAAACAUUUAUACAUUUUGUAUACAAAUGUAUUAAAUAAUAUCAUCUUUAACGAUGAUAAUGAUAAUAACAAGAAGAAUUGGAUGAAAGAGCAACGAUGAAGAGAUGAGAAAAGAGUGGAGAAUGGAUAAUGAUAUUAAAAAAAACGAAUAGAUUCAUUGAAAUAUUCAAGUUUAUUAAGAUGAAGGUGGAUGAAUGGAUGAACCAAGAAAAGGUUUUAAUAGCUUAAUCGUCUACAAACACUCAAAGUAUGAUAAUAAUUUUACCUUUUUUUAUUAAUAACCUUUCUUUACUUUUGCUAACAGAAUCAUCAACAAUCGCAAAUCCAUCAACGGAAAGAUAAUCAUUAAACUCUUCUAAACUUCAUUUCAACUCAUUUUCAUCAGUCAACAACAGUUUGAAAUGUUAAUGAUUCAAGAUUCACCAUUAACAUUACCAUUAACUGUAGACGUAAAGAUAAACAUUUAAAGUAGCAAAAGAUGAACGCGCCAAAGUAAAAAUGUUAACAAGUGAUCAGAAGCUAAACAAAACAGGGAAAAAAGUGUCUGGUUGAAAUGGCGAAAUUUGAAAUUUCCAGAUAACAGGUAGAAUCUGGUUUCAUUGUUAUUUUAUUAAUGGAGCAAGGAAAGCAUCUCAACCUCUAUGACCUGGUCUGUUUGAAGGAUAACCUUUUUGAUACAAAAAAUAGUUAACCUUUUUAUAUACAUAAAUACAUAAUGGAAUCAACCUGAAAAUCAAGUUACACUGUGGUCUCCCUCAUCCAUCUACAAAGUCUUGGUAUUUUAUUCAUCUAAUAAUAACCAGAGAUCAAGAAUGAGACUCAAGACUUGAGGGUAUCAAAAGAAGAUGAAAGAUGAACAUUCAAUGGAAAAUCAAAAGAUGAUCAAAUUUUUGAAUAUAAGGGAAGGGCGGUCGUUGAGUGUUUAACAUAAUUGUCUAACCCUGAAGGAUGAUUGAAAUAGAUUGCCUGGUUAUUUAAUUCAAGAAUUACUAUCAUCUUGAGUUAUCUCUUUCAAUCUACAGGUUGAGCGACAUUCAUGUUCACCAUGUAAUGAAGUGAAACAAUUUGUUGUUUACCAAUUUUAACCAGAGGCUAAACACAAUCUAUUAAAUCAAGAUGUAUCUCAACAUCUAUUAUCAUCAUCUAUUAAUACACUAACAAAAUGAACAAAACAUGAUAUCAUUGUCAUGGUUGUUGUUUCAAUAUGUUGGCUCAAUUUCACAUUGAAUCAAAUUGAUUGUUCCAAUAUGUUAACGAUUGUUGCUACCAAAAAAAAAUACAUUAACAUAUAACAAUAAUAAUGCCUUUGAAUAACAUUAUUCAAGUUUCCAGUUGACAUUGAUAUCAACCUGUAAUCAUUGCAACAAGAAGGACAAUCUAUUAAGCUAAAAGGCCAACUUUGAUUGCAACUCAUGACAAUUGUUUAAUUGUAACAAUUAAGAUAUAAAACAAAUCUAGAAUAUUAUUUUGCUCAUUAAAAAGGAUUUACCAAGAAAAUGCAAGACAAAAGAUUGUAAUUAUGGAUGAA